GACAAGCUUUUCUGGUAAUUAAUCAACCAAUCUUGCUGGAAAUCAUUUUACUUUGGCUCGUUUGUUUUGAUUUUGAUCCCUCUUUCCAAUUCCGCUGUGCUUUUUUGCUUCUUCGUUAAAAUGUAAAAAAAAGACUUUAUUCCAUAUGCACCAUAAAUAUGGCAUCCCAAAUGUCCAAUGCAAAAUAUAUAUGUUAUGAAACUUAGCAUCUCCUAGAAAAACAAAGCUUUUUUGGGAAAGAAACACUUGUCAUAGUCAGGAGAGAACAUACAAAAACACUGACCUGAACAAGAAUUCCUGUACAGUACAUAGAUAUAUAUUGGCACUGCCUUCCAGUCUAAAGAGUCAGACACUUCUUGUCAAGUACAAAAGCCUCAUACCUCUUACAAAUCACAAAAAGGAUUUGCCUGGUAUAAAAGAGACGUCUGUUUGUGGUGGCGGACAUGAACUGGUUGCACCUAGAACUCCUGAUUGGUGGGGUAAACAAGUACUCCACCAUGGUUAGCCGCCUCUGGCUAAUCGUAGUGUUUAUCUUCCGUAUCCUGGUGUUUGUGGUGGCUGUUCAGCAGGUGUGGUCUGACGAGCAUCUAGAAUUCAUCUGCGACACCACCCAGAUAGGCUGUACUCACGUCUGCUACGAUCAGUUCUUCCCCAUCUCGCACGUCCGUCUUUGGGCUCUUCAGAUGAUCUUUGUCACUUGCCCGUCUCUGCUGGUGGUGGCUCACGCCAAGUAUCGUGAAAUAAAGAAUAGGAGGUACUCUGCCCACAAGGGUACCCCACUGUACGCCGAUCCAGGGAAGAAGCGUGGAGCCCUGUGGUACACCUACAUACUCAGCCUCGUGUUCAAGGCCGGCUUUGAUGUGGGCUUUCUCUAUAUUCUGCACCUCGUUUAUGAUUUCAACAUGCCAAGAGUCGUCAAAUGCUCUGAGGAACCUUGUCCAAAUACGGUGAACUGCUAUAACUCCCGUCCUACAGAGAAGAAAAUCUUUACCUGGUUUAUGGUGGUCACCUCUGCUAUGUGUAUAUUUUUGUGCAUCUGUGAGAUACUAUACCUCAUUACCAAGAAAGUUUUGAAGGGCCUGUGCAAACAGAAAGAACGCUAUAGAGGGGUUGGUCCGAGGGUCUCACCCACCUGAAACCACAGCGACAUGCACUCUUUGAGCAGGAGUUUUUGUAAAUACAGAUGUAGUUCAGUGUUUAGAUUUUGUCUACAAAUGUGAUUUUUUUUUUUUUAUUAUAAUGUAUACUUUUUUUCUUUAUUAACCCCAAAGGAAUGGAAGUGAAACGUGACAAAAUGCCCUAUAAAAUCUGGUGAGAAUGUUGUAACGACCAAAAUGUAAAAUUAUAUCUAAUCUAAUUGAAUAUACAAAAACAUACUGUGAAUUAAAUAAAUACAUUAUUUUCAAAUAAAACUAGUUUUGGAUUGUGACGAAAAAGGAUAUUGCAACCAGGGGUCUGUGAUUGGGAUGACCAUAGUCACAACACACAAUUAUACAGCAAAUAGGUGAAGAAACAUUCAGAAAAACAGAUGAAGAAAACACGAGACUCCGCUCUCACGGAACAUGAGAAAAAAUAAAUGGGACAAAAUGCA